AUGGCUCUGAUACCAAAUUUGUUGGAGUUGAGGAAGCGGGAUCGAUUGAGAAUGGAGGAAAUAGGAUGGAAAAUGAGAAGAGGCAAAGAACUUAAAGAAACUUUUUUGUCCAUCAUUCAGGAAGAAAGUACUACAUUCUUCCUGAAGUUUCGCAGAAUGUUCAAGUGCACUGCAUUCAUAACCGUCUAUCUAUUCGUCUGUGUGCCUUGCAAGCGCCGGUCUCUCCGGUCCUCGGCCGCAGCCACCACCUCCACUCCUCCUCCGGUUCCCCCUUCCUCCUCCUUGGACUCUUCCGAUCCGUUUGGUGCCGCCGUUCCGCCUACUGAUCUGGACGGCUUCCUCCUUGUCGACCGCGGCUUCCAGGAUAUUCCUGGGAUCUGCACUAUCCCAGAGGCCCGGCGCCUCCUCCACUACCCCUCCCUCCGCCUCCAACCCUUCGUAUCCGGCCCUCGUUCUAUCACAACCGCCGCUUCACAGGCUUGCCGGACUCCUUCCGCCCGCCCCUCGACGCCCUGGGCCUCCCUCUCCAUAACCAUCGGCCUUCUCUCCCCGACGAAGCUUCUCGUCGUCCUCUCCCGCCUCCAUGCCGUCUCUCGCGAUGACCCCGACAUCCUCACCUCUCCUAAUGAGACCUCCAUCUCCCUUCUCCUUCGCCACACCAUCUUCUCCCCUUCCAUGGUAGACCGCUUCUUCAAGCCCUUCCUCGAUGACAUCUUCUUCGACAGAGACCUCACCACCACCUCCCGUCUCUACGAUUUCAUCAUCUAGUGCCUGGCACUCGGUGACAAAACCCUCCCUGCUGGUGGUAUCGUUGCCAUCCCCAACCAGCUCGCCGCCAACCUACCUGAAGGAUCCAUACGUCUCAAUGCCAAGGUCGUAGCCAUCGAUACCACCUCCUCUCCGGUACCCACUGUUAAGCUUGAAUGUGGAGACACCCUGACAGCUGAUCUCGGGCUCAUAGUUGCGGUAGAUCAGCCAGAAGCAGAGAAACUGUUGCUCAACGACAAAUUAGUACGCACGAAUCGGAUCCCUAAGAAAAGGGACCCCGCAGCGGUUCGGAGUACGGUGUGCAUGUACUUCUCCGCGGAUCGGGCUGCGGUUGAAGAUCCGAUACUGAUCUUAAACGGAUCGGGCCUAGGGAUGGUGAACAACAUGUUCUUUGCGACGAACGUUGCACCUUCCUACGGGCCCAAGGGUAAGGUGCUGGUGUCGGUGUCGUUGAUUGGGGCGUACGAGGAUGAGUCGGAUGAGGAGCUGACAGCUGAGGUUGUUAGGGAGCUCAGCGGGUGGUUUGGGAGUGAGGAGGUGGGUGCCUGGAGACAUCUGAGGACUUAUCGGAUUGGGUUUGCACAGCCUGAUCAGAGGCCGCCCACUGACCUAACGGGUAAGGAUCCGAGAGUGGGUGAGGGGUUGUACGCGUGUGGGGACUAUAUGAAUUCCGCCACGUUUGAUGGGGCGUUGGUGUCCGGGAGGAGAGCUGCAGAGGCCUUGGUUCAGGACAGAUGGGGUGGCGGCGCUUCUUCAUGACCACACUCGAUCUCGCCACGAUUCAAUGGGUUCCUUUUACAUUCUUUAAAUCGUUAACUACAACUAUUUUAAUAUUUCAACGUUUUCGUUUGGGAUGCAGUCCAACCAAAAAAUCUAUAGAAAAUUAUAUUUACUAAAGAUGUUCUGUAUAGAUAUAGGAAAAAAAUGCCUCUACCCCCAAAAUCAAAAAGGAAAUUCUUCUCCCA